AUGGACCCCUCGACUCCCGCCGUGUCGUCCACCAUGGGCGAGGCCAAAUACAUCGAAUUUCCCAGUCUCCCCGACGACGCAAAACACCCCGAUGGCACCCCCGCGCUGAACCGCUACUCAACAACCAUCACGAGAGGCCAUGACUUUCCCGGUGCGAAGGCCAUGCUGUAUGCGGCCGGCAUCCCGGACCAGGAAACCAUGGCCAAAGCGCCGCACGUCGGAAUCGCCUCGGUCUGGUGGGAGGGGAACCCGUGCAACAUGCACCUGUUAGAUCUGGGAAAGACGGUGAAGAAGUCGGUGGACGCACAGGGCAUGAUCGGAUGGCAGUACAACACCAUUGGUGUGUCGGACGCCAUUACCAUGGGCAGCGAGGGAAUGCGCUUCUCGCUGCAGUCCCGCGAGAUCAUCGCGGACAGCGUCGAGACAGUCACCUGCGCGCAGUACCACGACGCGUGCAUCGCCAUCCCCGGCUGCGACAAGAACAUGCCGGGCGUGGUGAUGGGCAUGGCGCGGCACAAUCGGCCGUCGAUCAUGAUCUACGGCGGCACGAUCCAGAUCGGCUACUCCAACCUGCUACGCAAGCCGAUCAACGUGUCGACGUGCUUUGAGGCGGCGGGCGCCUAUGCCUACGACACGCUGCGGCAGCCGGACGACGGCGGCGACACGAGCAAGACCAAGGACGAGAUCAUGGACGAGCUGGAGCAGCACGCGUGCCCGAGCGCGGGCGCGUGCGGCGGCAUGUUCACGGCCAACACGAUGGCGACGGCGAUCGAGUCGAUGGGGCUGUCGCUGCCCGGGUCGUCGUCGACGCCGGCGUCGUCGCCGGCCAAGAUGCGCGAGUGCGCCAAGGCCGCCGACGCCAUCAAGCGGUGUCUGGCGCUGAACCUCCGGCCGCGCGACCUGCUCACCAAGCGCGCGGGGCGCCCCCCCGGGGGUGGCCCCCCCCCUUUGAGGGACAUCCCAGGGGGUGAGGCGACCGCAUUCCCUUCAUUGGCCACCUUUUGGCCCAAGGGGCAAAGUUACUCCAUGGGCAGAUCUGUUCGGAGAUUCGGGGGCGUGCGGUCCGUGCAGGAGGUUGUUUAUUCGCAGCCGGCCUGCUUGACGGCGCCAUCCCCACGGUCACGGGCAAGACCCCUCGCCGGAGAACGUGGCCUCGGUGGCCGUCCCUGCCCGCCGACCCAGGUCAUCAUCCGCCCGCUCGACAACCCCAUCAAGCCGACGAGCCAUCUGCAGAUUCUGCGCGGCAACCUGGCCCCCGGCGGCGCCGUCGCCAAGAUCACCGGCAAGGAGGGCACGCGCUUCUCGGGCAAGGCCCUCGUCUUCGACAAGGAGUACCAGCUCAACGACGCCCUGAACCAGGGCCAGAUUCCCCGCGGCGAGAACAUCGUCAUCGUCGUCCGCUACGAGGGCCCCAAGGGCGGGCCCGGCAUGCCCGAGCAACUCAAGGCGAGCGCCGCCCUGAUGGGUGCGAAGCUCACCAAUGUGGCCCUGAUCACCGAUGGUCGGUACUCGGGCGCGAGCCAUGGCUUCAUCGUCGGCCAUAUUGUCCCCGAGGCCGCGGUGGGUGGCCCCAUUGCGGUCGUCCGCAGCGGUGAUGUGAUCACGAUUAAUGCGGAAACCAACGAGAUCACCAUGGAUGUCUCGGACGAAGAGAUCCAGCAGCGUCUGAAGGAGUGGAAGCCCCCAGCACCUCAUGUCACGCGGGGCGUGUUGGCCAAGUAUGCCCGGUUGGUGGGAGAUGCUUCGCACGGUGCCAUGACCGACCUGUUUUAG